AUGGAUGCACGAUGCCAGUGCGGCGCGGUGAGGUUCAAGACGCCGCUGCCGAAGCCGCUGCGCCUGUACGUCUGCCACUGCGACGAGUGCAAGCGCCAGACGGGCUCCGCGUUCGGCACGUCGGCGAUCUUCCCCAAGUUCCAGCUGCCCAAGGCUGAAUUGAUGGGCGUCUACGCGAGGCCGACUGCUUCGGGGGCCACUCUAUACUGUUACUUCUGUCGAAACUGCGGCACCCGGCUAAUUCACGCCACGCCGGACAAGAACGUCGUCUCCGUCAAGGGCGGCUGCAUCGACGGCCUCGACUGGAAGACGGCCGUCCACAUCUGGACCAAGAGCGCCAUGGUCCCCAUCCCCGAGGGCGCCGAGUCCCACGACGAGGAGGCCGAGUACACGGACUACGGGCCGACCCAGGAGGCGCUCGACCAGCCGACGGACCUGCGCGGCAGCGGCGGGACCAAGCCCGACGGGCGCUGCGAGCUGAGCGGCGGCGCCGUCGUCCAUCAUUAG